UCUGUUGAGUGAGGCUGUGUUUUGAGGAAGUGUAUCAAGAUGGAACCAGACGAAACUGAUGUUCCUUCGAUGGUUUCCUCCUCCUCGGCUGGUACAGAGGGUUAUCAGUCACUUGGGGAGGAUCUCAGUGAUCAUCUCAACUUCAGUGGCGUGUCCCUAAACUCCAGCACUACAAUUGAUGACAUAAAGGAGAAAAUAAAGGGCAAGCCAGAUGGGUUCCGAAGAUCAGACAGCAAUGUGUCGAGUUCUAGCUUGUUGGAUAGUACUCUUAAACUCGAAGAUGACUUUGAUACAGAUGCAAAAGACUUGUUCGUUUCUGUUGAAAAUCCAGAAAAACAUACGACUGCAAUGGAAUCCUAUAUCACAUUCAAAGUUUCUACAAAGACAACUCGUAGUGAAUAUAACUCUUCAGAAUACAGUGUCAGGAGGCGGUACAAUGACUUCCUGUGGCUGAGACAAAAGUUAGAGGUGACCAAUCCAUCACACUUAGUCCCGCCGUUGCCAGAAAAGCAUCCUAUCAGAAAAUUGGACCGAUUUGAUCCACAGUUCAUUAGAACACGAGAGGUUGCCUUACAGAAGUUUGUAAAACGCUUAGCAGACCAUCCUGUGCUAUCUUUUAGUAAACAUUUCCAGAUGUUCUUGACCUUAAAACAUUAUGAAUUCCAAGCCCAUAAAAAGCAAGGUGCCGGCAUAAUAUCGCGAUUCACUGACUCCAUUCACAAUAUGAGUGCAGCAUAUAUGAUAAAAAAUCGCAGUCCAGAGUAUACAAUGAUGAAUGAAUAUAUUCAUACAUUUGGCGACAAGUUAGGAACCAUUGAUAGGAUUUCGCUUAGGAUUCUUAAAGAACAAACAGAAUUCCUCAAUUUGAUGAAGGAACUCGGACCAAUGUUCACAUUAUGGCAAGGCUCAGAGGACCAAUUAGCGGGCGGUCUCGCUGGCCUGGCUACAGCUGUUGAUAAAUGUUGUGAUGCAAUGCAAGAAAUGAUCUCUGCCACAGAUAAGCAAUUCUCCCAGCCGUUGCGGGAAUACCUUCUAUACACAGAGGCAAUCAAGAGUGUUUUACGGCGGAGAGAUGCCAUCCAAAUGGAAUACGAGUUGACCUUAGAUGAGUUGAAUAAGAAAAAGGAUGAGAGGGAGCAUGUAAAAAUCUCUGACCAGACUUAUUCAUUUGGGGCAUUCAUAGGCAAAGAUCCUGUCGAUGUCAAACAGAACAAACAGGACAAAUUAGAAAAGUCGGUCGAAGAGCUGACGAGUCAAGUUGAAGCGUUGAACGACCGCAGUACGUGUGCUAACGCGGACCUCAAGGCAGACAUGGAGCGCUGGCACAAGACCAAACGACGAGACUUUAAAAAGCUCUUUGUUGGAGCUGCUGAUCGCCAAAUUCGUUACUUCCAAAAGUGUUUAUCUGCCUGGGAAGAGGCCAUUCCCGCCAUCCACAAGACAGACCAAAUGGAUGAAGUACCGCUACAAGAUUAGACAUCACACUUCCACGAAACCAAUAAUAGUUUCAAAAUCCAUUAAAACAUUGAUUGGCAAGCUUAUGAGGUAUUUGCUGUGAGUGCACUUAGAGACUUGGCAAUGGGCAAUGGUCACAUUCUGAGUCUCUGUCCAGGAUGAGUUACCUUGUGUGGCGAGACCACAAGUAUUUGUUUUACUCAGGGUUUGGUUAGGUGCCUUCUUCUCUGUUAGCUUUCAGUCUGGAGUGCAAUGUAAACUUGACAAAGUUGAUAACCAGUGAAGGGACUUUUAUCAUCUGUUGGCCAUUACAAAUGUCUCUACAGUUCCAGCAUGUAAAGGACAAUGUAUCCACCGCUUGCAGAGUGUACACGUGCAAUGAGUUCAGUUUCAAACCUGACAAUGUACAUAAGCUAAGAGUUGCCAGUCUUUCUUUCUUACUUGCUAUUUUCAUUGGUUAUUGUAGAUGUUGUUCACUAGAGGAACAGUUCAGUUAUUAUCCAAGAUAGGCCUAUAUUAGCCAAUCUCUUCAUUAUGACUGCUGACAGCCUUAUAUAAACCAUGUAAUGGCUCUAUCAACUUGAUGAAUUGUAAAUACGUAUUGUAUAAUGAGGUACUGUAUGAGUCUAGUCUUGACAGUAUUCAUGAUUUACAUGUAUAGUAGUAGGCAGACUGACAUAGAAUGUGUACAUUUUCGACAAGUGGAAUUGCUUGAAUACUUUUUAGGUUUCCAAGCUGUAAAUAAUGUGUACAUGUUUAUUAGACUAGUAGAAGAUGUUGAUUUCUGUUAUGUGCUGUGGUAUUCAAUGUUGCCAUGCUCGUGAAUUUCUUUCAUUCACUAUAAAUGCCAGUCCUAUGUAGAACGUUUGCACAGUACAUGUUCAAUGUAUUCAGCCUUUCCAGUCUUACACUGAAAACACCUCACAA